AUGGCGAUCCCGUCGCAGACCAAAAGCAGCAGAAGCAGCAGCAGCAGCAGCAGCAGCAACCGCAAGGCUCCACGACGCAAACCACCAGUGUCUCUAAAAUCGACUCGUCCACCUCUACUCGUCGCCGCCGCCCGGUCCGGCUCCGGCACCGGCUCCAAGGCCCGUGCUCCGGCGACAGGGACGGCACGGAAGACAGGCACCUCAUCUUCAUCGACGUUGUCGUCGUUGUCGUCGUCGCUCUCGUCAAAACACACCCGCACACUGAUCAACACGCACCACCUGCUCCAGAAGCGCCUGGCCGGCGCGCGCGCCAGGAACGACGCCGACGCGGUCCGCGACGUCGAGGCCCAGAUCGCCGCCCAGGGCGGGCUGAAGUCGUACCAGCUCGCCAGUCGCACGGGCCAGAGCGCCCAGCGGGGCGGCGACUCCAGUCGUGUGCUGGUCCGUUGGUUGGACCGGGAGCUCAAGGCUCGCAAGGCGGCUCUGCGCCAUCAGGGUGAUCCCUUGUUUAAGCGAAGAGCGCCUGGGGAUCACGUUCGGGACCACGAUGACGAUGACGAUGAUGAUGGUGGUGGUGGUGACGAGGAAGAGGAUGGGCAUGCUACCGACACCACCGCUCCAUCGCCAGAUGUCCUCCCGAUCCGGAUCCUCGAGAUUGGGGCCCUGAGCACACAAAACGCCCUGAAUGUGGCGGGGGUGACGCGCGUGCGCCGGAUCGACCUGCGAAGCGCCGAGGAGGGCAUCGAGGAGGUGGAUUUCAUGCGUCUCCCGCUUCCCAACAACAACACUCACAGCGAAGUUGGGGCUGGAGCAGGAGCUGGAGCAGGAGCAGGAGGGUCCUACUACGACGUUCUCAGCCUCAGCUUGGUGUUGAACUACGUGCCCGACGCAGGAGAGCGAGGGAAGAUGCUGAGGCGGACGACCUUGUUCUUCGCGCCACAGGUAUCACCGUCACCACCACCCUCACCGGGAGAAGCUGGCCCCAGGGACGACGAACCACAGCAGCUCCCGUGCCUCUUCCUCGUCCUGCCCUCGCCCUGCCUUCACAACAGCCGCUACCUCACGCCGCAGUACCUCACCGCCAUCCUCAACUCGCUGGGCUACGUCCACCUGCACACCAAGACCACGCGCAAACUGCAUUACAGCCUCUGGCGCUUCGACGGGCCACGGGCCAGGAACGAGUGGAUUAAGGGCGGCGGCAAUACGGUCUUUAAAAAGAAGGAGAUCAAUCCGGGAGGCGGGAGGAACAACUUUUGUAUUGUCCUCGAUGAAGGUGAUCUGGAGUCUUAG